AAAUUCCAGUUUCAAACAUGAGCAGUCCUAGUUGGCCGAACAGAACCAUGGACAGUAAACCAUUUAUCACCAAGUAUACAUCAGAUGAUCCAGAUAAAUUACAACUGAGAGCAAACAAUGGAAUCCGAAGCAACAAAUACCUACCUGUGGACUAUGAAAAACUCAAACUUAUGGCAACAGAGAAAAAAUUUGCAGCACAGAAAAGUCUACUUAAAGUGAAGAAAAUUGAACAAAUGUCAAAACAGAGUAAAGAAAACCUUCUCUUGAAACAACACAAGCUAGUCUGGCAAAAAGAAUUUAUGAGACUGAACAACUUACGUAAGCGGAUUCAAGCAGAAGUCGAGAGUCACCGCAGACAGAACGCCAUGGAAGGAAGUGGUUGCUGCCGAAUUUUUGAACACUUUGAUCUCUAUGAGUCAUCUUUGGAUGAGGAGUUUGCUAAGUUUAAGCAGAAUACCUGUGAACCUGUGUGGAAUUUAAGGGAAGAUUUACAGUUUUGGAUACAAGACAACCACGAAGGAAUCAGGCUGGGGGAUCCAGAAGUGGUGGAGAAACACGCUGAGAUCCGCCAGACCAUAAACCAUGUCAAAGGUCAACAGAACAGCGUGCUGCAGCAGCUGUAUAACGAACAGAAAUGUCUGGAGGGGGAACUACAAACAGGUUUUCUGUGGGAAAUAACUCAUGGUGGAUCAGAGACGCCUCACAUUGACUUUGCUGAGGGAAUUCCAGAGGAAGCAUUUGACCUUGAAUGUUCAGAUGAUGAGCUCAAGGUCACAGUGCUACAAGAAUUUAUUAUUAUCGAUCAGAAAUUCAGAGAGAGGCUUCACUUCCUAGAAGAUGAACAUUCCAAGAUUUUGAGUAAAGGUCUUCAUGGAGGGUGGAGUGAUGAAGACCAUUUCUGUUUUUUGGCGAAUUAUGAACAGUAUCCUAGAGAACUCAAUAACAGGAGGAAGUUGAUUCUAGACAGACUGAGGCGCCACCUACCACACAAAGCUAGGCAUGAGCUUGUGGCUCAUGAGGAGUGGUGUGAGGCAAACAAGUAUUUUCAUGAGCGUAAGCGAGCGCUGGUGGUGGCGUGGAGAAAGGGCCGAGCUGAGCUCCUUAAUAAAGCCCGCAGUACCUUUAUUGAGGUGGAGAUCGCUAAAGAACUGGCGGAAGUGAAGGCAGAGUACAAUCGACAACAGAAAAAGAUCCGAUACGAACUUUACGAGAAGAUCAAACAAUGGAGAGAACAAAAAAUGGAAGCCAUGAUGUUACAGCAGAAGAUAGAUGAGAGAAAGAGAGAAGAAGUUCAGGAGGAGCUCAGGCUCGAGAUGGAGAGAGAGAAGAAGAGACGGGCACAUGAAAAGGAACAGAUUCAAAAGUUUGCAACUGAUAAAUUGGAGAAACGAAGACAACAAGAUCAGCGUGAUCAGGAAAGAAUGGCUGAGCUGAAAAGACGAAUGGAGGAACAGGCUAUCAUUGACAAAGAGAGAAUUGAGUAUCGUAAGGAACAGUUAGACCAAAAGAUAGAGGAAAGAAAGAUGAAAGAAGAAAGGAAGGCUGAAGAAGAGAUAGAGAAGGAAAGAAGACUGGAAGCCCUGAGGGAGCAGGUCAGAGUGAUAGCUGAAAGUGAUCCUGUGAGAAUGAUGGCAGAUACAAAGGCAUGGCAAGCCAAAAACGAAGAAGAUGAUGAAAUAAACAUCAAUAAACCUUUGUUUGCUAUAAACACAUUCCACUCAAAACAGAUAACCACGGAUCCUCGGAUGCGGCUAGAGGCAAAACUGAGGGAAGCCGGUCUCCAUAACUCCCCCUACGCUCGACAGGUAAUGGCCGCCGUCCCUCCCCCACAACCCCCUAGGAGGGACAUGGAAUCCACUGUCUUUAAGUAUGACUGAAGAAGCCAGAAUAAAGCGGCAGAUUAUGUUAUGUUUAAAGUCAGUGGUUUGGAUUGCCGAAAAGUGUUGGAGAGCCAUUAAUUCACUCUUAUAUAUGGUCACUAAUAAACUGUUUUCUAUUCAAUUUAAUGUUAUUUUUUUGAUUUAUUGAAUUCGUUGAAUUUAUGCCCAGAUUGACUUGAUAAAUAAAUUAAAACAUACAUUA